CCGCACUCUCUGACUACAGCAGACGGGCUGCGGAUUAACCAGACAGAGUCAGGAGAUUGACGUAUCUUCAGUGAACAGAGAGAGGAAAAACCUUGUACGAUGUCAGACAAAGUAUAUAAAAAGACUAGUGGAAAUGGCCAGCUCACUCUUUAUCUGGGGAAGAGAGACUUUGUUGACCAUGUUGACACUGUGGAUCAUGUUGAUGGUGUGUUGAAAAUUGACCCUGCAGACCUGGGGGACAGAAAAGUCUGGAUUCAGUUGGCAUGUGCCUUCCGGUAUGGUCGUGAUGACCUUGACGUGAUCGGGCUCUCCUUCAGAAAAGACAUCUGGAUUCAGCACAUACAGUUGUAUCCUGAUGCAGGCCACAAACCCACCUUGACAAACAUGCAUGAUACUCUCCUAAAGAAAGCUGGAGAGCAGGGUCAUGCCUUCACUUUUAAUAUUCCAACCAACCUCCCCUGCUCUGUCACCCUUCAACCUGCCGAAGAUGACAAAGGAAAGGCUUGUGGUGUUGACUUUGAGGUCAAGGCUUACUUGGCCAAAUCAGCUGAUGACCCCGAUGAGAAAGUUGACAAGAAGGAUACAUGCCGCCUUGUCAUUCGUAAAAUCCAGUUUGCUCCUGAUAACACAGGAUCGGGUCAGAAGGCAGAACUCUGUAAGAGCUUCAUGAUGUCUGAUAAGCCUGUUUUUCUGGAGGCCUCUCUGGAAAAGGAUAUCUACUACCAUGGCGAUCCCAUCCCUAUUAAAGUGAAGGUCAAAAACGAGACCAACAAAGUUGUGAAGAAAAUAAAGAUUACAAUUGACCAAACCACAGAUGUCGUUCUCUACUCAGCCGACAAAUACACCAAGAAUGUGCUGUGUGAAGAAUUUGGGGAAACAGUAGAAGCCAAUUCAAACUAUGAAAAAUCCCUCACAAUCACUCCUUUGCUGGCAAACAACAAGGAGAAACGUGGCCUGGCGCUGGAUGGCAGGCUAAAAGACGAGGACACCAAUUUGGCCUCCACCACUAUAAUAAGGGGAGGUGUGGAUAAGGAGAUGUUGGGAAUCCUGGUGUCGUACAAGAUCAAAAUUAACCUAAUGGUUUCGGGUGGAGGUCUGUUGGGAGGACUGACAGCAAGUGAUGUCACAGUAGAGCUGCCUCUGACCCUGAUGCACCCUAAACCCAAAGAUUGAAUGCCCUUACAAGAUUCCACAAGACAGAUGUUACCCUUGGAUACAUUCCCUCAGCACUUUCACAGAGACACCAGAAGAAAAUGUUGCAUGCUCCCCAUGAAGCAAAGGAGUAUCAGAAACUAUAAGGAAUACCUUGCAACAAUCAUAGAAAACACAUCAGUAUGAGUUAGCAAAGUAGAGCUAGAAUGAACGUUUUAAGCAUAAUCGUAACCUUAAGACAUAUAUGUAGUGUGAAAGGUUGCUUUGAGAUACUCAGUCCAGGAAUAACAUAUCACUUCUCUGAGAGAGUGCUUCCCAAGGGUCACAAUCUUAUCCAUAAAUGAACCAAUAGGUCACAAAAAGUGUGUCUGAGUGAUGCAUUUCAUAAUGUAUGGAGGUUAAUCACCUCAUUAUGUAUGGUUGUGUUUUGGCUAGACUUUUAAACCAGCAUAUUUAAAACAUGUAACUUUGCAGUAAUGUGUUUUUUUUUUUUUUUUUUGUCAUGUUUGGAAUUUUUGACUCUUGAGAUAUUG